AAUAUUGAAUCACUUUUUGUAAAAUGACAUAAUUACUGUUUUUCACAAAUCAAACUAUUUUAUAAAAAUGGGAGCUCAUAACUCUACACCUCAAACUGUGCGCAUUGAAAAUCCGCUACGGACUUUAUCAAUACAAGUUACCCCAUCAGUAGUCUCACGAUUGGUGGGCGUUGAAAAAGAGAUGCAGAAGAAAUUAAAUGAUGCCAUUGAAAGCCAAGGGGAAAAUCUACAAGCCCAUUUGCCAUAUAGAUCCGUUCAAGAAAUGCCCCACAAUUGGUCACAGGCUCAAGAUGCAUAUCGAAAGAAAUACAAUGAAGUAGAAGUAUACCAAUUCGAUAAAUCAGUCGAGAGAGUUGAAACUAGGAUUGGAAAACCGUUAGCAUGGGUAGAAGAUGUUAAUGAAACCAUUACAAAGAUGAGGAAAGAACUAAUAAAAUGUUAUCGAGAUAAUCCGAAACAGUCAUUAUGCUGUGCAGAUAUAGCAAAAGAAUAUCAAGAUUUCAUUUUUCGAGAACAAUUUAAGACUAUUUUAAAAUCAAAUUAGAUAAAUAUUAAAUAAAUUAUAUAUUAAUAUAAAAAUUAAUAACUCCAUCUAAAAGAGCUUGGCCGAUUCCUUUUUUAAUAUUUUAAUUUUUAUGACAUUCAUUGAUUCCGCCCAAAGUUUAUUUGUCUAUACAGUCUGACAUAAGCACUGUAUAAUUACACUUCGAUUCCGU